UGGAAUCAUUAUGAUUGUGCAUCUAUCACCAUGGUGGACCUACGUAGUGGGAAGAGCACUAAUCCCUACACCCCUGAGCAACAAGAGAAGAUGGUCGCCUUAGUCAAGGAGAACAGGGAGAGAAAGGAGCGAGAGAAACAAGCGAAGCUAAAAGCUAUCGCAGACGAGCAGGCGGCGAAGAUGAAAGAGUUAGAAGAGGAGAUGGAGAAAAGGAAAAAGGCUGCUGAAGAAGAAGCGGCAGCAGAAGAAGAGAAAGAGAGGAUGAGAAUUGAGAGUAGAGAAGGGAGUAGUGGCGCGAAGGAGGAUAAAGAUGCAGAGAUGGAGAAGAAAAUCAGUGAGUGGGUUGCUAACUUAUCGUUGGGUGAAGAUGAGGAGGCGCAAAUGUAUGUGCCACAGGAAGAGAAGGAGGCGUUUGCCAGGGCCCUCGCAGUGAUUGAGGAACCCCUUGAACGUCAAGAAGCCGAGAAGGAGAAGAGACUGGAGUGGAAGUUGAGGAUGAAGAGGGAGAAGAAGAGAAGAAGGGAGGAAGCUAACCGGUUGACCGCAGAAGUGGAAAAGGUGCGGAUGUGUAGACAGGAAGUCCAAGCACAGACAGACGUUUCUGCCAAAAUGGACAAGAUGUUGGGAUACUUAGAGGUGUUGAGUGAGGCCUGGUUAGAGGAACGACAAGCCAAUAAGGGCCAAGACAUCACCCUGAAGGCCAUGCGGUCAGGGUUUAGAGAGUUCGUGCGCGAGAUCGUCACCCACAUUGGGGGCGAAGUCAGGCAACUGAGGGAUAAUGUAGGGAAGUACUGCGAAGGCGCCAUCGAGGGUGCCAAGGCUAUAGCUGCUGUAGAGGGCGAGGGCAGACCCCGUAAAGAGCCUGUCAAGCUCAAGUUCCCAGACGCGUACGGGGGAAAGAAGGAGGAGAACUUUGACAACUGGGAGGCCAGUGUCAACAGUUACAUUUAUUUGCCGCAUAUCCUAACAGAGGAGCAAGUCCUCGUGGCCUUCCAGGCCCUCAAGGAUGAAGCGGCUAAUAACGCCUUGGCGCAUUGCUGUCUCAGUGCUCCCGCGUUCGCGCGGUUAGUGAAAAAGGAGCAAUUAGAGGAACAGGUCUUUGUGGUGUACGUUAGACCUGCCACCGAGGGCAAGGAAGAGAUAAGUUCCACGGAUCCAACCAUAGCCAAAUUGCUGGAAGAGUUCAAAGACUUGACUGAGUCGCCGACAGGGGUAGUGUCGCGACCCAUCCAGCACAGGAUAGAGAUAGAACCUGGCAGUAGAACUCCCAAGGGAGCAAUCUACAUGAUGUUAGACGAACUCCUCGAGAAAGGUUGGAUCCGGCCCAGUUCAUCUCCUUUUGGAGCACCUGUUUUGUUUGUCCCCAAGAAGGAAGGGGAGCUGAGAAUGUGUAUAGACUAUAGGGGUUUGAACGUGAUUACUGUGAAGAAUGUUGAGCCACUGCCCAGGAUAGACGAUCUUCUAGAUCGGGUGCAGGGUUGUAAGUAUUUCACUAAGAUUGAUUUGAAGUCCGGUUAUCAUCAGAUAGAAGUCCAUCCUGAUGAUCAGUACAAGACUGCCUUCCGGACUAGAUACGGGCAUUAUGAGUUCAUAGUGAUGCCCUUUGGACUAACCAACGCACCAGCUACAUUUCAGCGUUGCAUGAAUGAUCUGUUUAGACCCUGGUUGGAUAGGUUUGUCAUAGUCUAUUUAGAUGACAUCCUAAUUUUUAGUAAGACCCUCCAGGAGCAUCAGGGUCAGAAGUGCGAGUGGGCCAAGACACAAGUUUUGUACUUGGGCCACGUAUUAGACGGAGAUGGCAUUAAGCCAGAGGACAGUAAGAUAGCGGCGAUUAGAGAUUGGGCGACGCCCCGCACAUUGACAGAGUUGCGGUCGUUCCUAGGCCUACAUAACUACUACAGGAAGUUCGUGAGGAACUUCUCCACUAUCGCCGGUCCCUUGCGCAGAUUGCUGAAGAAAGAGGCAAUCUGGCAAUGGGACAAAGACUGUACGUCUGCGCUCAAGAAGUUAAAGUGCGCGUUAAUAGAGUAUCCUGUCCUCAAAGUUGCAGAUCCGUCUUUGCCAUUUGUCGUCACCACGGACGCGAGUCAGUAUGGGAUAGGCGCCGUGUUACAGCAAGACGACGACAAUGGCUAUAGACCUGUAGAGUUCAUGUCAGCGAGGAUGCCCUGUGAGAAGGUCGCUACCUUCACGUACGAAAGAGAACUCUACGCUCUCAGGCAGGCUUUAGACCAUUGGAAGCAUUACCUGCUUGGGAGGCACUUCAAAGUGUAUUCAGACCAUAAAACGCUUAGAUGGUUAAAGACUCGGGCCAAGAUGACACCUAAGUUGACUAGGUGGGCCGCAGAGAUAGACCAAUUCGACUUUGAGCUCAAGCCAGUGAAGGGCAAGUACAACGUAGUUGCGGAUGCUCUGAGUAGGAGAUCAGACUACUUUGGAGCCGUAGUACACUAUCUGGAUAUAGGGAGAGACCUGCAGGAGAAAGUGAAGCAAGCGUAUGCACAAGACCCUAUCUAUAGCGACCUCCUAAAGAGAGUUAGGGAGGCCCCAGAGACUGAACCAGAUUACCGCACUACAGAUGGGUUGUUGUUUGAGAAGACUAAUGUGUUUGACCGCCUGUGCCUUCCCAACAGCGAAGAGAUCUGUAGUUUAAUCUUGGGGGAAUGCCACGAUACUGAGGGACAUUUUGGUUGGCAAAAGACAUUAGCCAAUCUAAUGCGUGCGUAUAUCUGGCCGGGGAUGAAGAAUGACUGCGUAGAUGGACAGUUGAACUGUUUGACUGGAUCAGGAAUGAAGUCUGCUCAGGAUUGUGCAGAGGUGCUGUCCUCUCUCUCUGGAUGGUGUUAUCCAGGCCUUUGUGAGGCAUGGCAGCUGCUUGAUGUUGACUCAUGCUACUGCCUGAAGCCCAUAACUGUUGGUCUUCAGUUCAAUCAGAAAUAUCAGGACAUGAAUAAAACCCUGGUGAUCCAAAACUUCACUAUCGAGAUUACUCAGCAGCUCAAUCUGACUACAGGCCAUGUAGAGAUCACGAAGCAAGGAGAUGAAGUAAGCAUGAUUGUAUUUCAGCUGCUUCCGUUGCGGCCUAAGAUUUUGUUUUCCAGCAAUGUCUCUGGAAAUUUUGUUGUCAACUUGUCAACUUUACGAUGGCCAAGGGACUACUUCAAAAGUUCUGAAUUUGAAGAGAUUAGAGCAGCACUUUGGAAGCACAAACUCUCUUUCCCGUCACUAGGGCAAUAUACUCUCGUACACGCAAGAAAUGGCGAGCUUCAUCCAGGUCCGCCACCAAGAAGUCUGUUUACAAAGCUUGGCCCAACUGGUCUGGUCAUUGUCCUCAUUGUCUCCCUUUCCUUACUUCUCAUAGCUGUGUCCAUGGUUGUGUACAUCACGGGUCAAGCAAGGUGCUCAGGGAAGAUAUUUCGAAAAAGUGCAGGAGUAUCAGAGAGCUAUAGAUAUCGGUUUGUCCAAAAGUUCACAUUGCGUGAGAUGCAGAAGGCUACGGACGAGUUCAACGGCUCGAACAUAGUGGGUGAAGGAAGUUACGGGAAGGUUUAUAAAGGGAGACUUUCUUCGGGAGCAGAGGUGGCCAUUAAGAGAGCUGAUCCUGAGAGGCGAUCUGGAACAUAUGAGUUCCAGAAUGAGGUGAAACUGCUGUCCAGAGUGCGUCAUCGCCAUUUAGUGCGGUUAAUUGGCUAUUGCAAGACGAAUGCUGAGCAAAUCCUUGUGUAUGAGUUUAUGGCAGGGGGAUCACUGCGAAAACACCUCGAAGCUGCAGAUGUUCCUCCAAUUGACUGGCAGCAGCGAUUAAAGAUUGCGAUUGAUGCCGCAAAGGGUCUAUACUAUCUUCACGUUGCUGCGAGUCCCCCAAUCAUCCAUCGUGACAUCAAGCCUGGCAAUAUUCUUCUGGAUAAGGAUAUGACAGCAAAAGUGGCAGACUUUGGCAUGUCAAGAGACAUUGAAAUGUCUGAAACUCAUGUAACAACAAGGCUAGCCGGCACCUUUGGGUACUGGGAUCCUCUGUAUCUUCAUACACAUCACCUUACAACAAAGAGUGAUGUGUAUAGUUUCGGUGUGGUGCUGAUGGAGCUUAUAACGGGGAAAUCACCCAGACAACUGGCAGAGGAAGAGGAAGAGCAACUGAGUCAAUGGGUAUGAAAAUCGCCAUUCUCUCCCCCCUACCCCCUUUUUGUUGUCUUAUGUUUUUUGCAAAGGGUC